AUGCCCGAGGGAUUACCAAUUGAUCACGAACAAGCCUUGAACGGGACAAUGGCAGCCUAUGCGCAGCAACUAGUGAUAUGCACCGACCAAAGAGACUGGACAAGCCGCAUUGAAAACGACGGAGAAAACAAAAGCUGGGGUGACCUUCCUUUCAAUAAUGUCCUCGUCUCUACUUCCUCUAUCGUCCCUGCUACAAACAGCCCCUUUACCGCCUCCGCACUUCUUUUCCCCAGCUUCAAAUAUAUACCCUCCAUACCAGUCGAAGCCGGGACUUCAUCUACUGGAGCCGCCGAUCUGACCUCGUUUGUUCGCGCAUUCCUUCUCCCCGAACGUCUACACAACAUGCACUCUUCGCUCCCAGAAGCCAAACGAACAGACAUGACCCGGGCCCCCGAACUUUCGUCUCAUUUCGACGGUGUACUUGACAUCAACCACUCGCCUACAAUCCUGAUCUGUGGUCAUGGGGGUCGAGACCUGCGCUGUGGUGUCAUGGCGCCCGCUCUGGAAAGCGAAUUCCAGCGUGUGCUUCAAGCGCAAGGAUACAAGUCUGCGGGUGGUGACGGUACCACCAUCGAUGGACCCAAUCAUGCAAAUAUUGGUUUAAUUAGCCAUGUUGGUGGGCACAAGUAUGCUGGUAAUGUCAUCAUCUACAUCCCGCCCAAGAUGACGGUGGGAACUUCUGCCGAGCCUCACCCGCUGGCGGCGCACGCCCGGAGCUGCGCGCGCCCUCACCAACUCCGAUUCCCUCUCGCGUCCAAUACCUUCACUCGCCUUGCGACAACCUCCUCGACCCCUCGAAGACUCGACCUUCCGGCUCUCGACAAAAAAUGGCAGGAAAAAUGGCAAUCCGACGCGACUUUAAACCAGCUCGUGACAGAGAAAAGUACCGAGUCAAAGCCGCAGACCUAUGUCCUUUCCAUGUUUCCCUACCCCUCCGGCACUCUGCACAUGGGUCAUGUUCGAGUAUAUACGAUUUCAGAUGUGUUAUCGCGAUUCUACAAAAUGCGCGGACAUGACGUGCUGCAUCCAAUGGGGUGGGAUGCCUUUGGGCUUCCGGCGGAAAAUGCGGCGAUUGAGCGAGGUAUUGAUCCGGCGGAAUGGACGGAGCAAAAUAUGGCCAAGAUGAAGGAGCAGUUGCGGGGGAUCUCGACUUCGUUUAAUUGGGACAGGGAGCUGGCAACUUGUUCCCCCGAAUUCUACGCGCAAACGCAACGGAUAUUCUUGAUGCUAUACGAGAAGGGACUUGCAUAUCAGUCUGAGGCGCUUGUCAACUAUGACCCAGUUGACAAAACAGUGUUGGCCAAUGAACAGGUGGAUGCCAAUGGAUUUUCGUGGCGCUCGGGAGCUAAAGUUGAAAAGUUGAACCUUAAGCAGUGGUUCUUCCGGAUCACUCAAUUUAAGGAAGAGCUCUUGAAGGACCUAGAUUCGCUUUCUGGGGGCUGGCCCGAGAGAGUGCUAUCUAUGCAGCGAAACUGGCUAGGGAAGUCCCAAGGAGCCAAAGUGAGAUUUCCAGUUACUAUCAACGGAGAAAAAGAGGUCGAUGUUGGCGUUUUCACGACGCGCCCUGACACACUAUAUGGAGUUGAAUAUCUUGCUCUAUCAUUAAACCAUCCCAUCGUGUUGGAGGCAGCUGAAAAGGACCCAUCUCUUCGCAAGUUUUUGGAUGAGGCGGCGUUACUCCACCGGAUUCGAAGGCCGGUUAUGUUCUCAAAAGCGCCGAGGCAUCGCACCCACUUUCAAAAAUCGACAAAGAAACUCCCCACCUGCAAAGGAAGCUACCGAUUUUUGCGGCACCAGAACAUGAAUCCUGAGUCGAUUCCCAUUGUCAUUAACUCGGAUCCUCUGAAGUCCCAGGAGGGUGGCCCUGUCGAAUCGGUCAUCCCUGCUCGCGACGCGACUGCUUUUACCCAAGAGGGCUUCCUUUCUUCACGUUGUGGGAAAUAUCAAGACCUGUCAUCUAAAGAGGCUACAAAGCAGAUUGUUACCGACCUCAAGAAGGUGGGACAAGCUGAGUUCAUGGAGAACUGGCGGCUCCGGGAUUGGUUAAUUAGUCGGCAACGGUAUUGGGGUGCCCCCAUUCCAAUCAUUCACUGUGGUGGCUGCGGCCCCGUCCCCGUACCCGUGAAGGACCUUCCCGUCAAACUGCCCAAGAUAGAAGGUGACUGGCUGAAGGGAAAGAAGGGCAAUCCUUUAGAGUCAUCUGAAGAAUUCCUCCACACCAAUUGUCCCAGCUGCGGAGGGCCAGCGAAGCGUGAUACAGAUACCAUGGAUACCUUCGUAGAUUCAUCAUGGUACUACUUACGCUUUUUGGAUCCCAGAAACAAGGAUGCUCCAUUCUCGCCAUCUGUCGCUCGACCUGUGGAUUUCUAUAUUGGAGGUGUGGAACACGCCAUUUUGCACCUGCUUUAUGCCCGCUUCAUCUAUAAGUUCCUUGCAGAGUCCGAUCAAUUCCCAGCCAUUUCCCAAGAUAAGGGUCUGGCAGCGCCUGCGGAGCCCUUCAAGACUCUUCUUUCCCAGGGUAUGGUUCAUGGAAAGACUUUCAUUGAACCAUCAACGGGUCGAUUCUUGCAUCCGUCUGAAGUGGAUAUCUCAGACCUGGAAAAGCCCCUGAUCAAGGGAACCCAAAUCACACCUAACAUAUCUUUCGAGAAAAUGUCUAAAAGCAAGCAUAACGGUGUUGACCCGACCGAUUGCACAACCAAGUAUGGAGCCGACGCUACUCGUGCGCAAAUUCUAUUUGCUGCCCCGGUUAGUGAAGUGCUGGAGUGGGACGAAGCUAAGAUCGUUGGUAUCGAACGCUGGUUCGGCCGUCUGUGGAAACUUGUCAUUGAUGCUCGAGAAACACUGAAUAACGCGAGCUUUACGAUUUCUGCCUCUGAUCUGGACGCUUCAAAUAGCCACGCAGCUUCUCUUCCACAUUCAUUGGAGGCGCUCAGCGAUUCCGAUGCAGAUGCAAUCCUGGCCACUCAUAAGACCAUCAUUUCUAUCACAUCAUGCAUUGAGAACAACCCUUAUGGUCUCAACACUGUCGUCUCAGACCUGACAAAAUUGACCAACGCUCUCGUCUCGGCUCCUCCAUCCUCGCCUCUUGUCCUCUACCUCACUAUCUCCGCUCUCCUCCGCCUUCUUUCGCCCAUUGCCCCAGCACUGACCUCGGAAUCUUGGGAAGUACUGCACAAGUCUCUGGUUCAAGGGACCAGUCCUACCGCCGUUGUUCCAUCCAUCCAUGCCUCGUCUUGGCCAACCCCUCUCCUCUCCUCUGACCAGGCGGACGCUCUUUCUGCCCGUGGUGGUCAGACUGUGGCUAUCCAGAUCAAUGGAAAGAUGCGAUGCGCCGUCAAUAUUCCACGGAUGAAGUCUACUACACCCACCACCCAGGGAAAGAAAUCCGGACCCACGCUGGAAGAACAGGACUGGAUAAUAAACCAUGUUUUGGACACCACAGAAGGCAAAUUUUGGCUGAAAGAAAAGAACGACUGGGAGAAGAGAAGGCGGGUAAUUGUUGUGAAGGGUGGCAAGCUCGUGAACGUUGUAUUCUGA